AUGCGUUGUCGUGAGCUCCAAGCCUACAUUUUCGUCGGUGCUCUGUGGGCGUUGCUGCAGGCAAGCUCCGGCUACUCGCCGCCUGUGAUACAGAAUUCGGACGGCUCAUUGGGCGGCCAGUACUUGAUCAAGAUUAAGGCGGGGUAUGACAUUGAUGCAGUGGCCAAGGAAAUCGAGGACCUGAUUGUUCCGGAUGACAGCAAGAGUAAAGUCCACGCCGAGAUUAAGCAUAAGAUUAAGAAUGUAGUGCCGGUCAUCGUAGCAAGACUAAAUUUCAAAGCCCAAGAAAAGAUCCAGACAGUUGCGGGUAUUGAAUAUAUUGAGGAGGAUGGAAUAGUCAAGGAGGAGAACUUGGCUUCAGAUAAAGACACCAAAGUCCCGAAAGACUAUGGGUUAGACAGGAUCAACCAGUUGGAUAGUGGGUUGGAUGGAAACGUCACCAUCAAUGGGGACGGUUUUGGUACAAACAUAUAUCUUCUGGACACGGGAAUUCAAGACCUCCAUCGUGACUUCGAGUGCCGUGCCCGACAUGCCUAUGACGCAUUUGGAGGUGACGGCUUCGACACUUGCACAGGCCACGGGACUGCGGUUGCUGGCAUUAUAGCUGGGAGCCGCUACGGUGUGGCCAAGCGGGCAACCAUGCACUCCCUCAAAGUCAUUGGCUGCGAGGCUGAGACGGGAAGUUACGAAAACCACGCCGUCAGCUAUGUCAUGCUAGGCCUUGACUGGGUGAUGCGGAACAAAGUGUCCCCCUGCGUAGUGGUGCUGGCACUAUCCACCGGCGGGUCCCGGGUCCUGGACGAGGCCGUCAAGACUAUCCACGACGCGGGCUGCGUAGUGGUGGCCGCGGCCGGCAGAAGCGAGCUCGCCAAGACGGACGAGGGGCAGCCCAAGUUCUUCCCCGUGGGCCUGGGCUACAGGGCACCCCUGCCUCCCACCACGCCCGAUCCCAACAAGGUCGACCUCGAUAACUACAUCCAUGAGGCGUGCGCGAGGUCACCAGCACGAUCCCCAUACGUUGUCACCGUAGCUGCAAUAGGGUCGACGGACACGGUGCCGUCGUGGAGCAACACAGGUCUCUGCGUCGAUCUCUUUGCCCCCGGUGAGAGCAUCUACACCGUCAACUUUAAGAAUGACGACGACUUCUUUUAUGCCAGCGGCACUGCUAUGGCCGCUGCGUAUGUCGCAGGUGCAGCGGCAGUUCACAUUGCCAACGGCGUAACAGAGGUCCCGGAUAUCCUGCCACCACAAGUGGUCAAUAACCUGGUCAAGAUGAAGAUCUUGAAAGAUACGAGCACCUGCAUGGUACUGAAUGCGGGUGAAGGCACUCCAAACCGCCUGCUUUACCUACAACCUAACUAGAGUACGGUGAUGGGGAGGUAUUGGCGUCGAUAAAGGUUACGUUAGAUUUAGGGGCUCAUCAACAAAAGACCAUGUCGUGCAAACAAGUGUCGAACCUCAUGGUAGAUCAACUUUGUUGUAUGGCUUUGGCCCGACAUUUUAUGGACUUGUGGGCUAUAUUUGUUUUGGUAAGCAAACUUAUGCGCUUGGCACAAAUCAGCUGUACCAGUCAUUUCCCAUUAUCUU